CGGCUGUUGGUAAUGUGAACUUAAACACCAUGUUUUGUACAGUAUGCGGGAAUUCACUAAAUACAAGUGGUAAUUUUUGUGCUAACUGUGGGACGGAUCUUCGAAAGUCUGACGAAUCAAAGACCUUGCGGAACAGUGAUCCAUCAACAUCAGCUGGGCCUUCUACCGAUCCUCGUGCCACCAAACCUUUGACUUUUAAAGAGUAUUUGGCAGAUAUUUCAUUUGCCACUGUUGAGAAAAGGAAGCGUCAAGAUCUUUUUGUCUCCACGAAAAAGGGGAAGAAGGAUGAGACUGUCAAGAUAAACAUUGGAAUUAUUGAGCUAGAUGGGAGUCAUUUGAAAAUUAAGCGAGGCUCACUUCUUCCUAUUGAUGUAAAAAAAUGUGAUUCUCAUGUUGUGGUAAAAACUGCUGGGGUGGAGAAGCAACUGGCUCACAAUAAGCAACUCUGUGAUGAAAGUUCCGAAUGGGUUUUGUUGUACCCAGAUAUGGAGUUAGUUUUAUAUUUACCAGGCACAACAGUGUCGGGAUUUGCUUGCCCAACACAGAAAAUCACUCUCACUGUUUCGUUUUAAAAGUAUUUAUUGUCACUCUCGCUUUAAACAAUUACAAUGUGCUAU